AUGAGCUUCUUAGAAGGGCUGCACGUGUCUCACCCGGGGAUCAUUCCGAUGAAGGCAUUGGCCCGUAGCUAUGUGUGGUGGCCAGGCAUAGAUUCAGAAAUAGAGGGCUGGGUGAAACGUUGCGAGCCCUGCCAGGUCUCCUGGCCGGAUCCACCCAAGGCACCAGUACAGUCCUGGGAGUCCACACAGUCCCCAUGGUCUCAGGUGCACGUGGAUUUCACGGGGCCCUUUCAGGGCCAACACUUCCUAAUAGUAGUCGACUCUCAGUCCAAGGGGCUCGAGGUGGUGCCGACCUCAACCAUGUCCGCUAGAGCGACUAUAAACACGUUCAGGAAGCUAUUUGUGACACAUGGCUUGCCAGACAUACUGGUGAGUAAUAAUGGGACCACUUUUACUUCAGCGGAAUUCAAAGAAUUUGUAACCAAUGAUGGAAUCCACAUUCAUUCUGCUCCUUUUCACCCGGCCACUAACAGCCAAGCUGAACGCAUGGUCCAUACUACAAAAGAUGCGCUUAGGCGCAUGGUGCAUGGAGACUGGACUCUCCGGUUAGCGGAGUUCUUAUUGGCCCAACACAUCCCCCGAAGCACAGUGACUGGCUGGAGCCUGGAGGAGUUGCUUAUGGGGAGGAGGCUCACUACCCUCCUUGAUCGUAUACACCCCGACCGGGCUCUUGAGCAACAGCCAUCCACUGUGGUGCAGGGGGCUCCAAGAAGGUUCUCCCCGGGGACACUGUGUACCUCCGAAACUAUGGGUCUGGACAGGAUUGGCUCCCUGGUAUCAUUGCCCGCUGUACAGAUCCAGUUUCCAACAAGCUUUAAUACCGACGAGGGCUCCAAAGCCUCGCGAGGCCAGCCUACAUGCUCGAGGCAGCCCCGCGAAUGGCGCCUGGUGAGCAAAAGGCGCCUUCGACGGGGAACCCCGAAGUGUGGCUCCAAAGUGUCGCCUCCUCCCUCUCAGGGUCCCGCCCCACCCAGGCGCUGGAGUCGAGUUCCGAGCGGGCUCCUUGCCCGCCCCGCCCCGCGCCCCGCCCCUGCCUUCCAGCCUCGCUAA